GCAGAAGUGCGCGCCAUCGUUAUUUCGUGUGCGAACGUUUCUUGAGUGUGCGAUACGAAAAAUUCGAAAAUCGUAAAUAUUAUUUUGUAAAUUUUAUGUGUUUGUAAAAUGAAAUAAAUAAGUUUAAGUGUAAUUAUACUGUGUGUUUUGUGUUGUGUUGGCCUAUAUACAAGUGAGGGAUUUAAAUUACAGUAGUACAAUCGACUCAAAAUGGCGACUAAGUCGUAUAGUAAACAUAAGGAGUUUAAGGAGUACUCGAGUAGCAGCAGGGGAAAUGUGGUCCCGUACACCGAGGAGCAAUUUGAUAUGAUAAAAAGCGACCUACUGCCGAAGGGCAGCAAGCUAGACUCGUUGGGGCGCGGUUCCGGCUCCCGGGAGUACCACUACGAGUACAAAGAAGAGAAACACCCCUCCGGCAAAUACGACAGAAAAGAUCUACACACUGUUGAAGAAUACACAAUUCCCCCGAAAACGGUGCCCAAGUCUUCAGAAUCCAGUUCAUAUUACUACGAGAGGGAAGAGAGGGAGCUGCCGGCACUUAAUGGGUCCACUGGCACCAGGACUUACAACUACGAGACUGUCACUAAUUCAACGCCAGGGUAUACGAAAGUGAAGAGUUCCAAGGUAACGAAGGACCUCUCGCACAACGUAGAGGAAUUGGAUUCACUUCUGGACGAUCUGCAGAAGGACCAGGAGAGGCAGUUAUAUAAAAGUGGAUACACCUCCGACACCGCUGAAAGCUCAUCUUUCGACUACAGGCGAGGGACUCCACUAAAGGCUCCCUCCAGUGGGUACUCCACGUUGCGUCACGAGGAACGCGUGGAAUCGUCCUCAUGGGGGUCCAGCCCGCCGCCUACAGUCUCCCGAGCGGCCGAGGUGCGACAGGAGAUGUAUCGAGAAGAGAAGACAGAGUCGCGUGUGGUACCGUCGCAGAUAUCACCAGCUGUGCCACAGAUCGUACCACCAGCCGUCUGCUCCCACUGCCACCAACAACCCAACACCGGCACGUUGUCCCGUUCAAGCACGCCCAUGAACAAGGUGACUACGACUGUGAAGACGUACACAUACGAGGUGCCUGCAGACCAGGACCCCACCACCGUACCGUUACCGUCGCACGCUGACCACCAGCACACGUAUGUCAGCCGUGCUGAGAAUCUGCGCACAUCGUCAUCAAACACACUGCAGCCGGCCCCGGUGCCCGUGGGCCCUACAGGUCCCGGUGGCUGCCAGCACUGCUCGCACUGCAACUCACACAUCCGGGAGUACAGACAAGUGGCCACCACCGAUGAACACACGAACGAGCGCGUGGUAUACCCGACCCCAGCCAACGAGACCAAGCUGCUGACACCGCACGAUCCGCACCCUGGACAUACGACUUAUAGCCCAACGACAUACAAGUACAGCGAGACGACAUACUCGUCGCAGAACUCGACGCAGCGUUACCCGGGCACGGGUCCCCGGGGCCCCUCGCCGUCCCCCUCCCCCACCCCGGGGCCCUUCCCGCGCCCCUCCACGCCCUCCGCCGGCACGCAGCAGCCGCCCAAGAAGCUGGACGACCUGCUGGCUGACUUCCCUGAAGCGAGAUACCCAACGCAACCGGACGGUCUUGUCCGCCGUAAGGUAGAGGUGACACACGAGCGGUCUACUCAAGAGCAGAACAACACCGCUGCCGGCCCAGUCAGGCCGCUAGUGCCCGCCGGCGGCAGCAAGAACGUGGCAGGCCCCGCGGUCUACUACCCGCCGGGGCACACGCCUUUUGUGAAGAAAGAAGCUGCUGGUUACCAAUCUAGUGCGAUGCAAGGUGGCGGCGCGUACGCAUCCGGCCGAGGCAUGUACGAAUACGAAUCCGGGGCGCGAAGCAAGGAGAAGCACUCUGAGAAGAAGACCGCAGUACCGAUCUGCCUGCCGCUCUGCUGCGCGAUGCCGUGCGUCAUCAUGUAACCUGCGUACCUUCUCACUGUAGGGAUGUGAAUACAUUCUCGAUUAUAGAAAACUUUCAUCGAUUUUAAGAUAAUAAAUCGAUUAAUCAAUAUACGAUUUUAUUCAUCCAACGUAGUGAUCUAAUAAACAUAGGAUCAAUUUAAUGACUUUACAGCUAUAAAAAUCACUUGAGGAUCUAAAUAAACAAAAUCAACUUGUGGCCUUAAAAA